CUAUGUUACAUAAUAUUACCAUGAAAUAAUAGCUGGUUGUCUCGAAAACAUAAUAUAAACUAUAUUACAGGAGGAUAACUAACGAUUGAAUCGUUUGAAAUUGAUUUUUAAGACGGUAACACUCGUAACAUGGCGUUGAGAUCGAUCUGCCGGCUGUCAAUUGAUUCGACCUUCAGCCAUUCGAGCCAUUUGGGAGCCACCGCCCGCCCGAGACGAUCGUCUUUUGCAUUGGUGUCACGAACAUUCGCUGCUCUUGCUGAAACAAUGGGUUUGCCACGUGUUUUCUUCGAUAUGACCGCAGACAACAAGCCUGUGGGACGUAUCGUUAUGGAGUUGAGAAGCGAUGUUGUCCCAAAAACUGCAGAAAACUUCCGAGCUCUCUGUACUGGUGAAAAGGGUUUUGGCUACAAAGGAAGUAGCUUCCAUAGAGUGAUUCCAAAUUUCAUGUGUCAAGGAGGUGAUUUUACCAAUCAUAAUGGUACUGGUGGAGAAUCCAUCUAUGGCUCAAAAUUCAAUGAUGAGAAUUUUGUUCUGAAACACACCGAACCUGGCAUUCUUUCUAUGGCAAAUGCUGGUCCGAAUACUAAUGGCAGUCAGUUCUUCAUUACCAGUGCCAAGACUAGUUGGCUCGAUGGCAAACAUGUUGUGUUUGGCAAAGUUGUUGAAGGAAUGGAUGUUGUUAGAAAAUUAGAGGGAAUGGGAUCUCAAAGUGGAAAAACUUCCAAAAAAAUUGUGGUAGCUGACUGUGGAGAGCUGUAGAUUGUUCAACUAGAUACUCUAAUGCUGAAUUUUUAUUUAGCUGUCCCAUACAACCGUUGCUGUUUUUAUUGUAUGAUUCAUUCAUUCUAAUCAUCAUCAUUUUCUUUAACACUGAAUUUAGUUUUACAUUAAGAGAAUGUACAACUUUUACGAACUGGUACAAGUGAUUUGUAUUGUAUCGUUUUUUAUUGCAAAUAAUUAAGGUUGGAAUAUACUACAAACUAGAUUUCACCAGCACGAAUUUCUGCUCUUUCUUUUUUCUUCUUUUUCUUAAUAUAAAGUUCUUGAGUUUUACUUACAUCAUUACUUACCCUCUAUAUGGAUACAUUUGUCGAAUAUUGAGAUGGAAUGCAAAACAGAUAAAAAUAAUUCUAGAUCCACAUUCUUCCAUACAAUAUUCCUCCUUUUAAUGGUACAGCACAGUAAAAUGUCUAUGUGUGGAACCAUAAAUUUUCAUAAAAUAGUUUUUCCUGUGUGUACUAUUUGCAUUUUAGUAUCUAAGGAAAAGAAGUUUGUGAGUAUUUGCAUUUCAAAAGUCCAUAGUUAGUGAGUGUUACAUAAUUGCUGUAUAAUGCAUUUAUCUGUGGAAUUAUAAUGUUUUAACUUUUCUAUUGUGCUUUUAUAUUUAAAGCCGGUAAAGUAAUGCUCAUGUUAUCUAGAGCAUUAUUCGUUUUUAUAUGUAUACACCCUUCCUUUUCUAAGCACAGAGUAAUUGAUAAUACCAGAUUCAUUAUUGUAAACUGUAAUACCAGAUAAUGCCUUUAGACAAUUCCAUCUUACUCUGAUGUAACACGAAUGUUAAAGAAUGUAGUUGCAACAAUCACAAUAAUUCGGAUUUCUAAGAAAUAAAAUUGUUUUCAGAAAUA